UUAUAAUUAAAAUAUAUGGCAAAAGAUCCCUUUUAUACGAAGUACAUCCUAGGAUUUUGCUCCUAUCCUCUGAUGAACGGGAGGCAUAUGGGCACUAUUUCAACCAUUUCACAUAAUAUUUGGGUUACUGGCGCAUUGAAUCUAUCUCACAAAAAGUUCGGUUUUGGCAUUCCAGCUUUAAGUCGUAAAAAACUGGAGGUGAAGACUCGGGCCAGGAGGGGGGUGCAAACAAGUUCAAGUAAAAUGGACGGACUGCCAGAAGGGAGAGGGCUCUUUCUGAGUUUAUGUAAAUAUACACCACCUUCUUGGGCAACCCAACUUGGUCCUAUUCCCUCCCAUUACUAUGCCCUUGGACAUCUUCCUACACCAAUUCAUCGAUGGGACCUUCCAGAUUUACCAACAAAUACUGAAGUCUGGAUAAAGCGGGAUGACUUAUCAGGCAUGCAACUUAGUGGGAACAAGGUGCGGAAGCUCGAAUUUUUGAUGGCAGAUGCGAAGGAAAAAGGUGCAGAUUGCAUUAUUACAAUAGGGGGCAUUCAAAGUAAUCACUGCCGAGCUACUGCAGUGGCAGCUCGAUACUUGAAUCUUGACUGCUAUCUUAUAUUGCGAACUACCAGGGCUGAAGUGGAUGAAGAUCCUGGGUUGAUUGGAAAUCUUCUUGUUGAGCGAAUGGUUGGUGCAAACAUAGAACUUAUCUCCAAGGAGGAGUAUGGACGAAUUGGAAGUGUUACGCUUUGUAAUCUUCUGAAAGAGAGACUAGAAAAGGAUGGGAGAAAACCAUAUGUUAUUCCAGUUGGUGGCUCAAACUCAUUGGGAACAUGGGGCUACAUAGAAGCAGUAAGAGAGAUGGAGCAACAACUGCAAGAAGGAAAGGUUGAUGGUAUCAAUAAGUUUGAUGAUAUUGUGAUUGCUUGUGGAAGUGGGGGAACCACUGCAGGCUUGUCACUUGGGUCACAUUUAAGUAGCUUGAAGGCUAAAGUACAUGCAUUUUCUGUUUGCGAUGAUCCUGACUACUUCUAUGAUUACACACAAGGCCUUUUGAAUGGCCUUAAUGCUGGCCUCAACUCUCAUGACUUAAUCAGUAUUGCAAAUGCUAAGGGCAUUGGCUAUGCAAUGAGCAAAGUUGAGGAGCUUAAAUGUGUAUGCCAAAUUGCUGAAGCAACAGGCGUGGUCCUUGACCCUGUUUACAGUGGGAAGGCAGCAUUUCAAAUGCUCAGAGACAUGGUUGAGAAUCCUUCUAAGUGGGAAGGAAGAAAAGUCCUCUUCAUUCACUCUGGAGGUCUUCUUGGGAUGUUUGACAAGAUGCAGCAGCUGCAGCCUCUUAUUGGAAAAUGGCAAAGAUUUAAGGUGGAUGACUCUGUUUUGCAAGUAGAUGGAGUAGGAAAGAUGUUCUAAGAAUUAGAUAAUUUGUAGUUUUUUAAUCAGCUCUUAUUAAUGGCAACAAGCAUUGUACAUUGCAUUAUCAAUCAUCUAUACUCUUGGAUUUCUUAUACCGUGAGUUUCACUUUCAACUGAUCACUGGCUUUGGAUGAAAUGAGCCCACUACGUUACUAGGAGGUCUUGACGUAAGAAAUUGUUGAAUGUAAACAAAGGAUAAGAAGAAGAAAUUGUUGAAUCUAAACAAAGGAUAAGAUUAUGAAAUUAUUAUAUGACAGAUGGACAAGAACAAAGCAUAAUGUUUUUCUAAGAAAAUGGGAAGAUAAUUAAGAACAGUAACAAUUUUUUUUUUAUUGGGAAGAUGCGUUUAUAUUAAUAAAGAAAGAUGUCAUCUUUCUCCA